GUCUCCGUUCAGCCAACCACUAUGUCCUAUGCAGAAGAGCGAGAUCAGAACAUUGCACGCAACAAAGCUCUUCUUGACGCCUUAGGAAUCAAACCCCUCAGACCCAAAUGCGAGCCGAAGGAGAACUUGAGGAAGAAAGUGGCAGCCAAGAAACGGAAAUCCCCCUUGCCCGAGAGCGACGAGCUCGAGGAGCCGCCCAAGAAAGUUCCUCGUAUAGCAGAUGAUAGUAAUGAGUCAGGGGGCACGCGACGAAGCUCUCGUCUUGCUGGCAGGACAGUUGACUACAAGCAGGAACAGGAUCGCGGGGUCCCGGAACCAAUCACAGUCAAACGGUCCCAAAAGCACAAAGCAGGCCAGGUGAAAUCAAAGAGGACAUAUGAUCCUCACAUGUACGGCCACAUACCCGAUGUGGAGGUGGGGACAUGGUGGGCAACAAGGGAAGACUGUUCAAACGCAUCUGUCCACGCCCCUUGGGUUUCGGGUAUUGCACCAGGUCCAGACGGCGCAUACUCAAUCGCACUUUCGGGAGGAUAUGAUGAUGAUGUAGACGAAGGAUACGCAUUUACAUUCACCGGUUCUGGCGGCAGGGAUUUGCGGGGAACAAAGACAGCACCUAAAAAUCUUCGAACGGCUCCCCAAAGCAGCGAUCAGAGCUUUGAGGAUAGAAACAACGCAGCCCUCCAGAGAUCUGUCGACACUCGGAAACCUGUCCGUGUGAUCCGGGGCUUUAAAGGGAAGGCCAGGUCAAAGUACGCGCCGUCAGAGGGGUAUCGCUAUGAUGGCCUAUAUCUCGUCAAAAAGGCGUGGAUUGAAAAAGGACUCAAUAAGGGGGGUUUCCUCGUAUGCAAAUUUGCGUUCGUGCGAAUGCCAGAACAAGAGGACAUUCCUGUGAACGACGGCGGUGAUGAUGAAACUGAUGAAUGAUUCGUGCAUGGAUAUACCCUCGGGCGACCAUCUAAUAAGAUCUCGACCAGUAUCAUACUCACUUCUGAUGUAGAUAAAGCAUAUAUUGUACUUACCACUUCCUGUCUUGUUAACUUGCGAAUGUUACGUCCUGCAUUACGAGCAUCCUC